AUGUUGAAGUUUACAGGUCAAAAGUUAGCGUUGUUGUCUGAUUACAAUAUGUUGUUAAUGUUUGAGAAUGGUAUUCGUGGUGGAUUGGUGCAGGCGUGUAUGCGGCACGCGAAGGCGAACAAUGUGAAGACACCGGGUUAUGACAAGACUAAGGAGAAAUCGUGGAUUAUAUAUCAGGAUUGUAACAACUUGUACGGGUGGGCAAUGUCAGAGUACAUGCCGUACGGUGGGUUCAACUGGGUUGAACCCAGUUUAGAUGGAUUGAAUGAGAUGAAGGCGAAAUCUGGUAAAGGACGAGUAAACCUACAGCAGGCUAUAGAGAAUGGUUUAAUAGUUGAAAAGGUACACAGAGUUUUAGAGUUCGAUCAGUCGGAUUGGUUGUCAAAAUAUAUUAACCUGAAUACAGAGAUGAGGAAGAAGGCGAAAAAUGAGUUUGAAAAAGAUUUUUUUAAAUUAAUGAACAAUGCAGUAUUUGGGAAAACUAUGCAAUCGAAAAGGAAGGAAAUGAAGAUGGAGUUAGUGUCAUGUGAGACACGAUUACAAAAACUUAUUAAUAAAACGACAUUUAAGCAUGUGACUAGCUAUAGUGAAAACCUGAACGCGGUCGCACUGGAAAACAAGAUCAUUACUUUUGACAAACCUAUAUAUAUUGGAUUUGCUGUACUUGAUAUUUCCAAGACGAUGAUGUACGAUUAUCAUUAUAAUGUUAUGAAGAAACAUUAUAAUGAUAAUAUCGAGCUUAUGUAUACUGAUACUGAUUCAUUGAUAUACCUUAUUAAAACCGACGACUUCUAUAAAGACUUACUUGACAACUCUAACUUGUUGAAUAGAGUAGACACAUCUGACUUGUCUUCUAGUCAUCCGGAAUAUGAACCUGGAGAAACUAUGGAGUGGUCAGAACUUGAUUUUGAGGUUGAUGGCGAAGGACGUAAAUGGUCAGAUUUUGAUAAAAGUUUUAUGAUAGAGUUUCUUAAGUACAAUACUAAAUAA